CCUUCCGCUCAAUUCUCAGUCAAUUGCCCAACAAAGAGGUCUUCCACAUCAGAAGCAACACAUUUUGACUGUUUUUUUUAAUUGCUCCUCUGAUAACUUUAAUUCACCCCCUCAAAAUUAACCGACUUUCACAUACGGCGACUUUUCUCCACUUUCAUUUUACAAAGCACGACGAAAUCUACGGGUUCACCUUUCUGCAACUGUACAACUAGGAUAUACGUAUAGUUCUGUGUAUAGAUUAGAAAGUAUUGCAAUAAGAGAUCGAGAAUUGGAGAUAGAAAGUAUUACAAAAGUGUACUCAUCAACGUUGUAGCAAUCUGUCUGUUUAUAAGUAAGUUGUUUGUGAACGAGGAGGUGGUGGUGGAUAUUAUAUAGAACUAAACUAUUAUAUGGACACAAACGAUCGAGGAAACAAGAAAUCAAACAAUCAAGGUAUAUCGAAGGACAACGGACGCUUUACAUCAAAUUAACUAACAUACCUUCAUCGUACACACCAACAUGUCGCUGUUUGGGUCACUUAUGCGGGAUUUGGAACGUGACCCAGUUUUUGGGGCACACUCCAGAGCGAUGAACCAAAUGAACAGAAUGAUGAACUCCAUGAUGGGAGGAGGACUUGGAAUGGGUAUGGCACCGCCUGGAAUGGGUGGACCGAUGGGGGGAAUGGGAAUGUUAGAAUCUCCCUUUGGAUUUGGUCCCCAUAUGGGCAUUCCUCAAGGCCACCCAGGUAAUCAUUCCCGGAGCCCUCAUCAUCCUCACGAAAUGAUGCCCUUUGUUGGUGGAGGAAUCAUGUCCCCCUUUGGACAUUUGGGAAUGGGUGGAGGAUUUCCCGAUUUCAACCAGUUAAUUCAUGACGGGAAUAAUGGGCACUCAUUCUCAUCCAUGUCGGUCACAUCAAUUUCUAAUGGUCCUAACGGACCUCAAGUGUAUCAAGCAAGCAAACAAACAGCAAGUGGACCUGGUGGGGUCAAAGAAACGCGAAAAGCAGUGUCGGAUACUAGAACUGGAACCAAGAAAUUGGCUGUCGGACGACAUGUAGGAGAACGUGCACAUGUUCGUGAACGGGAAGAAAAUAUGUUCACUGGUCGCAGGGAAGAAAAUGAAGAGUUUAUCAACCUUGAAGAAGAAGAGGCAGAAGAUUUUGACCGAGAAUGGAAAAAUCGAGCAUAUGGAGGCAGAUAUUCUCAUUCUUCAUCCAUGCCAGCCAUCGUUGGAGCUGAACAUACUUCGCGACACCAUAAUAACAGGGCAGGAGGACGACAUUUGCAAAUUGGUUACCCAACUCGGCCCUCAGAGUCGACUCCCUCGGUAACAAUUGAAGAACUUCCUCCGAGCGAUGAUGAAGAUGUUGGACGGAGCACCGAGACUCCAAAAUCCACAGCUUCCAUGCCAUCUGCUUCCUCAUCCAGACGAUCCCCUUACACCCGAGAAAAGAAACAGAAAUCGAAACGCGUUAAAAAGUAUUAAAUUCAUUUAAUUUCACGCGUGAGGCGCAAAAAUCAAACAACACUAACGUAUUUUGUUGAAAUUGUAUCGUACAUAAAUGUAUAUUAUUAUAAUCAUUUUUUUUGUUGGCACACGAUGUGCAAAGCUGAACCGUAUAUAUAUCGUACAUCUAUAUAUUAAAUAUAAUAGUCUACACGAGCUCUUCGUUUGUCGUACUCAAUAAUGUCUACAUUUCGAUCCUUGUAGUAUCAACUUAUCGAUAUAUAUAUAAUAAUGACCUAAAACUUUAUUUAAUAUUUUAACCAGACUUAUUAUGUUUAAUAAUAUUUCAUUAAUAAUUGAAGCAAAACAACACUGCUGACCGUCUACAUACCUGACCAAUUUUAUAAAUAUCAACGCAGGGAUAUGAUCUUUUUAUAUCCUUUACUGCGACGAUACACACAUGCUUAAGUACUAGGUAGCGUGAUUUUCAGUAUGUAUGUUUGUUUAUUCGAAAAGGAAUAACGUAUUGUUUUAAACGUCAAAUUUGUUCAUCACAUCCAACAGAGUUUUUGCUUAAUUGUAGGCCAGUUGAUUCGAUUAUUGUGAUUUGUAUUUUAAAUAAAAGCCGGAAAUAACGAUACGGCAUUUACAUGAAA